CUCAGUCCUGUUUCAGACCUGGUUCAGUUCUGGUUCUUGGACAUGUUCCUCAGGGUGCUGCUCCUGUCCCUCUGGUGUUGGGGGGUCCUGUGUGCAUGGGUCCUGAGUGCAGAAAACAACAGCUCAGCAGAGUCGUACAGUCUGAGGCUGGUGGGAGGAGCCAGUCGCUGUGAGGGGGAGGGGGAGUUUCAGAGACCAGGUCUGAACUGGACUACAGUGGGUCCAUUUGACAUGACUCUUGGGUUUGGGGCCAGACUGUGCUCGGUGCUAGACUGUGGCACUGUUCUGUCUGUGGGGCGUAAUACUGGUCUAGAAAGAGAAGUUGUGAUGGGUUAUCCUCACUGUGAACAAACAGCCCUGAUCCAGUGUUUUAGGACUGGAUAUCGCUCAGGAAGCAGUCUGCAGCUCCAGUGUUCAGACUCGGUGCGGUUGGUCUCGGGGUCCGGUCUGUGUUCAGGAUCAGUGCAGAUCUGGGACGGGUCCUGGACCGAGGUCUGUGACGGGGACUUGGACCAGCGGGGGGCAGAGGUGCUGUGCAGGGAGCUGGGCUGUGGGGCUCCUUCUCUCCUCCAGGGGGCGCUCUCUCCUCUGGGGCAGACGUUCCACUGUGAGGGCCAUGAGUCUGCUCUGAUGGACUGUCCCCGCUCCAACUCAAGCACCUGCUCCUCUGGAGCCACUGUCCACCUCACCUGCUCAGAGCCGAUCAGGCUGGUGGGAGGAGCCACUCGCUGUGCUGGGACAGUGGAGGUGAAACUCAGAGGAGAGUGGAGACGGGUGAUUAGGAAAUAUGGAUCCUGGGACCAGGAGGACACAGUUGCUGUGUGCAGAGACCUGGACUGUGGUUCUGCUGUUUAUGGAAGAGAGAAAGAUGAUUUUCCACAUAGUCCUGUGUGGUUGGUCUCAUCUGACUGUGUGAAGGAGUCUUCAGUGAGAGGAUGUGUCUCUGGUUCACACUCCUCUUCCUCGGUUGUGGAGGUGGUGUGUUCAGAGCUCCUGAAUCGUCCAAUCAUUUCCGUGUCUGUGAGUGACGGGGCGUCCGAGCUCCAGCCUCAGGGGGUGCGGGUGCAGCUGGGCUCAAAGUUCAGGGUCAAAUGUUCCGUGGAGCCACAGUACCCGGGAGGCUCCUUCCGGCUCCUCUCUCCCGCCGCGCCCCCCGCUCAGAAUCGCACCCUGUUCGCUGUCAAUCACUCCGCCCACUUCCUGUUCUCUGACGCUGACCACACCCACAAAGGAAACUACACCUGUGUUUACCUCCUGCAGGUGUUCAACCACAGCUUCUCCUCUCAGAGCCACACACUCCAGCUCUCUGUGGGAGAGUCAGACUCAGACCUGAUCAUCAGAGUUGUGGUGAUUCUUCUGUUGAAGCUCCUGUACAUCCUCCCAAUGUCCUACUGCUACUGCAAGGUCAGAACCAGGGCGGCGCUAGAGAGAGGCCCGAGCAGUGAGUGAGACCAGUUCAGAUCUGAGUUGGUCCUGUUUCAGAUACAAGUGACAAAUCAGCCAGUUAUUAGCACCAUUAGUAUCAUUAGUGUUAUUAGUAUCAUAAGCAGUGUAGGAGCUAUUUGCUUAUUUAAUUUAUUCUAAAAUGUAUUAUUUUUGUGUGUCGAUGAGUUUACUCAUUUAGUUUUGUAUAAUAUAUUUUUGCUAUGGUAAUAUUAUGUUUGUUAAUUUGUUUAGUCUAAUUUGGUAUUAUUUACCUUCAGCAUCUUUUCUGUUUUGGUUGAAUCUACGGGGCACCUAGUGGAUAAAAGAGGGUGGUACAGGUCGACCAGAGUGCACUUGGGUGGGUCUAUGGUUUUUACCAGUCGACAGGAGAGGCAGCAGAUGUAGGUCUUGAUCAUGUACAUUGUUGUUUGCCUGUAAAACUGUAAUAAACCGUGGAAAUUGAUUUAGUUUUUUCCUUCACUGCGUAAACCACAUUAGCCAGGCUGGCGCCACCUAGUGCCUCCAUUCAAUUUCAUUUCUCUCCAGCGACUCGGUCAGGAAUCAAAAUACACUAGACGGUUUGCAAGAACCUCUUAAGUUGUAGACCGUGCACCGACCAAUAGGCUGUGAGCUGUGAAGCCAUGACGUCAAACUCGUCGCGUCUGUCUGUGUCCCUUUAGUGGAACAGCACAACAGAAAACAAAGCAUCGAGAUGGAUGUAGACAAAAACAGACAUUCUGUGUUGGCAACGAUUCCCUAGAUCGAGGAUUUAAAACCAGAACAAAGAGAAUGUUUUGUGAGUUUUAUCAAGGAGAAAGACGUUACUGCCCUCUUUCCUACGGGAUUUGGCACAUUACAAACGUCACGACCAAAUAACAGUGAUUGGAAAAAUAAAAUUAAAUAAAAAAUCUGCCUAAAAAGGUGUAACCUGCCUAAUAUCGAGCGAACGAAUCCCACAGCUGCAAGGUCAGACAGUUUCCAUGAAGUGAAACCGGCUGAUGAAUAGAGCUAAAACCACAUCCCCAU